AAGUUGAAGUCCCUCCUAGAGACAUUUUCGUCCACUAUGUCAAUGUACCGACAGGAAAAACUAUUAUAUGGUCCUUUUCUACUAAGAAAAAAAAUAUUUCGUUUGGAUUGUACCAAAGAAAAGCUGCAAUCGCGGCUUCAGGUUCGACAGGAACUUUUAAAGAAGAUGGAAGUAGUUUAUUUUCCGCUUCUAUAAAAAAUACAAUCAUCACACCUAAAUCUUCGACAAAAAGUACUUAUUCAGCUAGUCUUAAAAGUAAAAAUUCCUUGGAAACAAUCAAGGCUGAAGAGAAUGAUGAUUCGAAUGAAGGCGAUGUGGGGUCCACAUUAGUGGAUUCGAAUUCUAUAAACAGAGGACGUAAGAAAACUGGUUCUACGCUAAUAAUUAAAGAUCCUGAUUUAAAAGAGAUAUUACCUAUCGAACAUUAUAAUUCCGCCAUGAACACAAUUAAAGGCAGUUAUAAAGUAACUGAAGAAGGAACCUAUUGUUUAUGUUUCGAUAAUUCGUUUUCACGGACUACCUCCAAGUCUUUAUCACUUUCGGUGACAUUAAAAGAUGAUUUAGAUAAUGACCAAGAAGAACCCAAACCAGAUAUUGCCGGUUGGGCAAAACGUUGGGUCAAAAUUGACAAUGGUUUGCUUUCAUAUUAUCAACAUCCCCAUAGUCUUUGUCGAGGAACGAUACAUAUCGCUCUUUCAACCAUUUCAUCCAGUCAAUCAUUACGUUUAAUAAAUAUGGAUUCUGGAACAGUGACAUAUCAUUUUAAAGCGUUAUCCGAUAAUGAAUUUGAUGAAUGGAUGACCGUUAUUC